GUAAGGAGGAGGCGAGCACACAGCAGCCGAGCGCAGGAUGCUGACAGCAUCACACUGAAGGAAGCAGAAGUCACUUCUCUCUGACAGGGUCUAACACAUCCUGUGGACGAUGAGUGGGUCAGGCGGCGCCCCAGGGGAGGAGCUCACUGACGAGGAGAAGGAGAUCAUCAAUGGCGUGUUGGCCCGUGCCGCCAAGAUGGAGGCCAUGGAGCAGCAGCGUAUAGAUCGCCUCUCCAGCCACCUGGACGACAUCAGGAAGACGGCAUGCGGGGACGGACACUCUCGCUGUUUUGUCUGUGGUUCGGCUUUUGGGACGGCGGGGGUCACGGCCGUGCUCUGUGCGCACUGCACAAAACAUGUGUGUACUCGCUGCCGCGCACAAAGCGACAGGGGCUCUGCUUCCACGUGGCUAUGCAGAAUCUGCAGCGAACAUCAAGAAGUCCGCAAGCGUUCAGGGGCCUGGUUCUUCCAGGGACGAGGUCAGCAGCUUCUACCCGCCCCUCUGCCGUUAUCUGGACCUCAUUGCUGCGGCGCUGACAUCACCUGUGACGCACAGAUGGAGCCGACACAAGAUCAUCAGCAGCCUGAACCAAGUGGACCUCACAGUGGCCAAACAAGCGCUGGCAGUGAGUUUGCGUCCAGCGCGACGUCUGCAAAGAGCGCGGAGAGACCACCGCCAUCCUCAGACAACAGGAAUGAGACCACGCCCCCUCGGCCGGCGGCUGUCCAAAAGGCCAGUAGCGGAAUUGAACCGGCGGCCGGUCCUGCUCCGCCGCGCCCCCCCGCGGCCGCAGCACAGCAGGAGGACGACGACUACGACUCUGACGACGCCACCACGCUGGGGUCGUUGGAGUUCAGCGUCGUCUACGAGCAGGAACGUCACGAGCUCCACUGUUGCAUCAUCAAGGCGAAGGGCUUGAAGCCGAUGGACUCCAACGGGCUAGCUGACCCGUACGUCAAGCUCCACCUGCUGCCUGGCGCCAGUAAGUCCAACAAGCUUCGCACCAAAACCCUGAAGAACACUUUGAAUCCAGUGUGGAACGAGUCGCUGGUCUAUCACGGCAUCAGCGAUGACGAAAUGUCCAGAAAGACUUUACGGCUCUCGGUGAGCGACGAGGACACGUUUGGACACAACGAGUUCAUAGGCGAGACGCGGGUAGCGCUGAAGAAGCUCAAGUUCAACCAAGAGAAGAAGUUUAACGUUUGCUUGGAGAGGGUCAUCCCGGUGAAAAAAGCCGUGGGAGGCCAAAGUCGAGGAAUGGCACUCUAUGAGGACGACUUGAAUGAUGGCGAGGACUCGGAGGAGAGAGGUCGGGUCCUGGUGUCUCUGAUGUACCACAGCCAGCAAGGGCGUCUCAUCGUGGGCGUGGUCCGCUGUGCUCACUUGGCAGCCAUGGACUCCAACGGCUACUCGGACCCUUUCGUCAAAGUAUGUCUGAAGCCCGACAUGGGAAAGAAAGCCAAGAACAGGACGCAGAUCAAGAAGAAGACCCUCAAUCCCGAGUUCCUGGAGGAGUUCAGUUAUGAAGUGAAGCACGGAGAACUGGCCAAGAAGACGCUGGACAUCUCCGUGUGGGACUACGACAUGGGGAAGUCCAACGAUUUCAUUGGAGGCUGCCAGCUGGGCAUCCAGGCUAAAGGAGAGUGUCUGAAGCACUGGUACGAAUGUCUGAAGAACAAGGACAAGAAGAUCGAGCGCUGGCACGUGCUGCUCAACGACAACAGCGUCCAGUUCGACGACUAACAAUGUCUCUCAAGUAGAAAUAUACUCCUCAGUUCUCGCUCGCGAACUCACUGUCGUGCUCAUUUUGUUAUGAAUAUGUCACCCAAAAAGUGUCAGCAAAGAUGCAGAAAAUAUGGAACUAUAGUUUUUAAGUUGUUGGUAUAAAUGGAGGUUAUGUGCUUGAUUGACAGCCGGUCAGCCAAUCGGAACGCUCCAUUUUGGUACACAGUCUGCGCUUCCAGCGGUGAAGUCCCUCGUGUUGCCAUGGAGAUGAUGACCACGAGGGGAGAAUGUUGCUGUCCGGAUGGGAAUCCCGCACUUGUCACAUCAGAUGUUCUUUCAUUUUGCAGGAGCGUGCACGUGUCCAUGCAUGUUGUUAAUAAAUGACUGAGACGAGA